AUGAGCAACUGGGAAGAUUUAAGACGCGAAGCAGAAUUUUUUUACAAAGAAUACGAAGCGCUAGAGGUCCUCGGCAGGGGACUUUCUUCAGUCGUACGCCGCUGCCGCCAUCGCGAAAAUGGCCAAGAGUACGCAGUUAAAAUCAUCGACCUACUUCAGGAAGAGUCGCCAAACACGGCCGAGAUUCAAAACGAAAUAGCGCUACUAAAAGAAUUUGCGGGCGUCGAUUAUGUAAUCCACUUAUUCGACGUGUACCAAACUGAAACUUACGUCUUUAUGGUUUUUGAGCUUAUGAAGUGUGAGCUAUUUGAGUACUUGAAUAAAGUUCAACGAAUGCAAGAGAAGACAGUCAAAUCCGUGAUGAAGCAACUACUUCUCGCCGUCAACGAGCUCCACUCAAAAGACAUCAUUCAUCGAGAUAUCAAAUUGGAGAACGUGUUGAUUGAUGAUAAUCUGGACGUAAAAUUGACUGAUUUCGGUUUUGCACUGCGAAUUUCGCCGGCCGAACACCUGCGAACAUUAUGCGGAACGCCGGCGUACAUGGCCCCUGAAAUGCUUCAGUGUGCUUGCGACAAGCGAUCGCCGGGCUACUCGUUUGAAGCUGACGUUUGGUCUUGUGGCGUGCUGCUUGCGACGCUGUUGUCCGGUUCCUCGCCAUUUUACCACAGAAGAGAGUUGAUCAUGUUGAGAUUGAUCAUGGCCGCAAAGUAUUCUGUUGAGGGGCCAGAGUGGGACCACGUUCAGGCACCGGCGAAAGAUCUUGUCAAGAAGAUGCUAGUCAAAGAGCCGAUAGAGCGGAUUUCAAUAGAGAAGGCGCUAGCUCAUCCUUGGUUCGAUGAAGUCAUUGAGGAAGAGCCGGCUGUUGAGGACGAGGCCGCUGCUGCGCGACGGAAGAUGCUCCUUGGCAAAUUCAAAACCGCUGUUCUAGUGAUAAUGGCAACCAAUUACCUGCAAAAACUCCCCAUGAGUAUUGAAAACAUGAAAAAGAAUCCAUACGCCACGCGCAAGGUCCAACAGGACAUGGACAGCAUAGCCUUUAAAAUUUACGGCCACUGGGUCAAGCGAAACACCGGCCAGGAUCGAGCAGCCCUCUAUCAGCAAAACUGUCACAGUUCGAAAAAGCCUCGAUAG